AAAUUGCUCGAGAAAUCUCAAAAUAAAUUAUUCACCGAAAGAUUUUAUCAUGCUAUGGACAUGGAUUCUAAGGACUUACAUAAUCAUAUUAAAAUAUGUAGCAAUAUAAAGGUAACUAAUAAGGUAAAUAAAAGUGUAGAUGGAAAUGUAAAUGAAAUGGUAAAUCAAAAGAUAGUAGAAGUUAGAAAAAUUUGUACAAAAUUCCUAAGAUAUUUAGCUCAUUAUGCAUUAUCGCCUAUUUCAAAUCCUAAAUACGAUGAGUGUAUUCUAUUAAAUUUUUGGAUAUACAGUAGAUUGGAUAAUAUUUUGGAGUCUAGUAAUCAUCGUGCUAUUAUUCAUGCUUUUAUCAGUAUCCUACAGAUAUGGAAUCAAAUUCUUCAUUUAAAACGAAAGAACACUCAUUAUAAAAUAUGUCAUCCAGACAGUACUACUAUUUUUCUAAAAGAUUGGAAGGAAAGAAAAGAAUUGUACGAUUACUAUGUUAAUUAUGAUACCCUUUUUCUUAUGGCCAAAUUCUAUGAAACACCUGAGUGCACAUAUUAUAAAGAAAUUAAAGAAAAGCAAAAAAUAUUUGAUAAAUUCAAAAGACUUUGUGAUUCCAGCCCAGAAAAUUGCCCAAAUUUCUUUGAAAAGUGCAAGCCUUACGAACCGAAUAUAGUGAUAAGUAAUUUGAAUUGCCACAAAAAAUUGGAAUCGGAAAAAGGUGAUGAGAAUACUCUUAUGGGAUUUUCUGCUACUCUCGGUACUGCAAGCAGCGUAGAAGAACCUCAAGAUCAUGCAAUUGAUAUUAAAGAUUAUAUCGAAGAUAACCCUGACACGCUAAAUGAUUCAGAAGAUUUUUAUACCCAGUUAGAUAGUGAAAAUUCCGGAAUUGGAACAAAAGUUACUCAUUCAAUUCUUGGCGCAGCUCCAGUUUUAUUAACUGGCACUGUGUUAUACAGAGUAUGUAUAUAUUUUGUAAACAUAUAUCAUUAUAGUACAAACUUGUGA